CAGUGUUGGGUGGAGCUUCUCGAGGUUCUCAUGCCUAGCAACAUGGUGUGCGGGCUGUGCCUUCUGCUCUGGGUACUCCCUCAGGUUUGGGGAAGUUCUAAGGUCCAGGAAAGCAGUUUCCCCUUCCGCUGCCUCCAGAUCUCUUCCUUUGCCAACAGCAGCUGGAUGCGCACAGACUGCUUGGCAUGGAUGGGGGAGCUGCAGACUCACCGUUGGAGCAACGACUCCGACACCAUCCAACUAGUGAAGCCCUGGUCGCAGGGCAAAUUAAGCCGCCAGCAGCAGGAGAAUCUGCAACAUUUAUUUUGGGUUUAUCGAAGCGCCUUCACCAGGGACAUACAGGAGUUUGUCAAAAUGCUGCCAGAAGACUAUCCCGUUGAGCUCCAGUUGUCUGCUGGCUGUGAGGUGGACCCUGGGAAUACCUCCAAAAGCUUUAUCCAUGUAGCAUUUCAAGGAGUACAUAUCCUGAGUUUCCAGGGAACUUCUUGGGUCCCAGUCCCAGAUGCCCCAUCUUGGAUGAAGUUGGUUAUCAGAAUACUCAAUGGCGACCAAGGGACAAGAGAAAUGGUGCAGUGGCUCCUCAAUGAUACCUGUCCUCAAGUUGUCAGUGGCCUCCUAGAGGCAGGGAAGUCAGAACUGGAAAAGCAAGUGAAACCUCAGGCCUGGCUGUCCCGUGGCCCCAGUCCUGGGCCUGGCCAUCUGCAGCUGCUGUGCCAUGUCUCAGGCUUCUACCCAAAACCUGUGUGGGUGAUGUGGAUGAGAGAUGAGCAAGAGCAGCUGGGCACUCAGAGAAGUGACAUCAUGCCCAAUGCUGAUGAGACAUGGUAUGUUCAAGCAACCUUGGAUGUGGCGACUGGGGAGGAAGCUGGCCUGACCUGCCGAGUGAAGCACAGCAGUCUAGGAGGGCAGGACAUCAUCCUCCACUGGGCAGAUGGGAGACGUACAUCCUUGGGCUUGACUGUCCUAGCAGUACUGGCAUGUUUGGUGUUCCUCUUUGUGCUCCUAGGUUUAACCUUCUGGAUUAGGAGACGCCAUUAUCAAGACAUUCUGUGACUUUCGUGGCCAUAUCUGCCUUUCUGGAAUUUAGGAAUUCAAGAACCCAAAACUUUAGUCCAAGUCUGCUCAGGAAUUGAGGAUGAAAGGAGAGGUACUUCAAAGAAGUAAAGAAUACUCAUCCUAUCUCUUAAACACUUGUCUAAAAUAAUUUAAGUUCUUUUGCAUUAUAAAGUAGUUCUUUACAAACAGGAAUGCAAACUCAGAUACCUACCAGAAAGAAAGCAAAUAAGGACCUGUAUAAGUCCUGUGAUUGUUGUUUGAGAGAUAGAAUCUGCACUGAGCUGGAAAUCACAAUCCUGUCCCAAAGCAGUAGGUACAGAGGUUUGUUGGCAAGUACAAAGACAAACUCUGGCUUGGCUGCAAACUGCAUUUGUCAAGAAAACUGAAAUUCUGGAUUUUCUUAUGACACGCCUACUUUAAAAAUGUUAACUCAAGUUUUUGAUAAAUACUGUAUGUGUGACACCUAAGGUACAUACUUGCUGGCUGAUAACAACUUCGUAGUUUCCAGAUUGUAUCACUUUUAUAAAAAAUUUUCCCUGAAUGACAUAUUGCAGUAUUAGGACAUAGUUUCUAUUGUGAAUUUGGAUUUAUGAUGGACACUUUCUCUUUUAAAGAAAGGUAGAGUGUUAAGAAACAGAAAUGUCUUGAGCUUUUACUUGUUGUUACUCCAAUAUAUAUGCAUUAUUUUGGGAAAACCACUCUCCUUUGCGUAUUUCUCUCAAAUUCUGCAAUAUUUGGAUGUGGAAUGUCCCUCAAAGUUCGUGUAUUGAAGGCUUGGUUCUCAGCCUGUGGUGCUGUUGGGAGAUGGGCCCUUUAAUAGGUAGCACCUAGUGGAAGGAAGUUGAGUUACUACGGGCAGACCCAUGAGGGGGAUAUUGGGACCCUGGCCCUUUUCUCUCUCUCUUUGCUUUCUGGCCACCAGGAGCUGAACAGCUUUGCUCCACUGCAUGUUCCUUGCUACAGGCUGACUUACUACAGGCCAAAAUGGUGGUGCCCAAGUGACCAUGGAUUGAAACCUCUGAAACUGUGAGCCAAAAUAAACCUUUUCUCCUUUAAGUUGAUUUUCUCAAGUAUUUUGUCAUGGCUAUAUAAAUUUGAUUAACACAAACAUUCAGUUGCUUUUUUAGUUUAGAAGAAGAUAGUCUUGAAGGUAUUGUCAACAAAAAGACAAUAGUCUCUCCUACCUAUAGAUGUUAAAAGUGACAAUGUAGAGAAAAGGUUAAGACCACAUGGGCAGUCAUGAGCAGUAGUGAUGAGGUUGAUGCUAGCCUGGCUAUAUGGUCUACUGUUAGCUUAGAGAGGACAGAACAAGAAGGAACAGCCAAAGAAAAAAGAACACAAGUUAAAAAUUAUCUGUUUUCCCAUCUGGAAAGUAUUCUGUUUAUAGUCAGGUCCAUGAACAUACAGAAAAAGUGAAACCUAACUGUUGGAGAGUCUUUACUUGAGCAAAUUAACAUUGGGCCUCCUCUAUACUAGACUUACAAGUCUGAACCUAGCACACAGGUAAUGGCACUGAUAGCUUCUACAUCAUUGGUUCUCUAGCCAUAGCACUUUAACUUGUUAGAAAUGCAAAUCAUUUUGAGUCUUACUCUAUACAUACUUAUGAGAGUAUCAUUUUGGGUUUUACUCUAGACAUAUUGGCAGUGGGGACCAGUAGUCAAGCUCUCCAGUGAUUUUGAAGCUCAGCUGAAUUUAGAGAACCUCUGUUCUUAGGCUUCAUGUAAUGCUAUGCAGCAAACUCCCCAGAAUGCUUAGGGAAAAGGAGGUUGGCCUGGGGUUAUUCACAGAAGCCUUCCUGGAAGAAGGGUAAUUUGAAGCAGGACUUUGAAAAUGAGUAAGGCAGUGAAGUAAACUUCAAGCACACUGGAUCAGGGCACUAGAGUUCUAUCCUCCGAUUUAGUUUCCUUCUGUGCUAAAUGGGGAUGAUCAUGUCUGCUUUGAUUAGCUCACAGAGGUUGUGGGAAUCAGUUGUGUAAAAACAUGUGAUAAGUAACACCUUAAAAAACAUGGGUUCUGGUAUUGUCUUUGGCACCACACUGCCUCAGGUGAUGCUAUUCAGUUUAGCUCCCUCAAGCAGGAUUAAGUUUGUGAACCAACUGUUACUGGUGUUCCAAAUAUUCCUUAGUUCUUGGAUACAACGUGUAAGAUUAAGAUGCUGCCCCAAGUGUAGCAAAAGAACAAGAGUAGGAAUGAGGCAGGAUAGAUCAGGGAGAAUGAGGCAUGGGAAACAGGAGCCUGGAAUUUAGAGAUAAACAUUGUAUUAAUGAAUACCUUGAUUAAAAACACAUACAUGCUACUUUCUUUGCUUUAAACAUCACAUGCCCUCACUAAACUGCAACAUGUAGUUAAAAAAAAGGAGGCAGCUCUCCCUCUCACCUUGCCCCCGGCACAAAUAAUAAGUGUGUUCUGGGAACUAAGCAAGAAUAUAUUAAAGAAACAUACUUAUCCUGGGGAAAAAAUUUGUUAAUUACUUCUUUGAGCACAGAAGUGUUUGUAAAAAAGAAAAAAAAAGAUCAUAUGUUAGGUUACUUGUCUUAAAAGGAACAUUCGACAAAAUCCAUGCUCUGGUUAAAGGGAUGCUCAGACAUCUAUGUCACAAUGACCCAAAUUUAAUUAACUGAUCAGAUUUGAUAUCUCUGGGCCCAAAUGAUAAUGUCAAAACAGUGUAACUGUAAGAAUGAUUAAAUGUACCAGUUAUGUAAAAUGAAGGGAAACACUUAUCCUAAGGUGAAUUUAACCUACUGUUUGAUCAUAAAUACCCUUCAAGUUAGAGCCCUCACUAUACUUGUUAUCAUAUAUUCCUGCACCCA